AUGGCCUCCAGCUCCGUCCGGGCGCCGCGCAUCGUCCUCCUCCCGAGCGCCGGCAUGGGCCACCUGGCUCCCUUCGGCCGCCUCGCCGCCGCCCUCUCGUCCUCCUCCCACGCCUGCGACGUCUCCCUCGUCACCUUCCUCCCCACCGUCUCCUCCGCCGAGUCCGCGCACCUCGACUCCCUCUUUGCCGCGCUCCCGGCCGUCCGCCGCAUCGACGUUCGCCUCCCGCCGCUCGACACCUCUGCUUUCUCUGGCGCCGAUCCGUUCUACGCGCACUACGAGGCCGCCCGCCGUGCCACACCGCUGCUCCUGCCUCCGCUGCUCGCCGCCGCGGGAGCGGACGCGCUCGUCGCCGACAUCUCCCUGGCCUCCGUGGCCAUCCCCUUGGCGAACAAGCUCCGCCUCCCGUGCUACGUCUUCUUCACCGCGUCCGCCACCAUGUUCUCCUUCUACGCCUACUUCCCCACCUACCUCGACGCCGCUGAAAAUGGCGACGCCGACGUCCCCGGCGUGGGACGCGUCCCGAGGUCCUGGUUCCCGCAGGCGCUGCACGACCGGGGCAACCUCUUCACGCAGCAGUUCGUCGCCAACGGCCGGAGCCUCCCUGACGCCGACGGCCUCCUCGUUAACACGUUCGACGGCCUUGAGCCAGAGGCCGUGGCUGCGCUGCGGAGUGGCACGGUCGUCCCCGGUUUCCCGCCAGUGUUCACUGUUGGGCCGCUCACCCCGGUGAGUUUUCUGGCGACAAGAGAACCGUCAACGAAAGGAGCGGCCGCUGAUCACACGGCAUGGCUGGACGCGCAGCCGGAGCGGUCGGUGGUGUACGUGAGCUUCGGCAGCCGGAAGGCGCUGGCCCCGGUGCAGCUCGGCGAACUCGCCGGCGGGUUGGAGGCGAGCGGCUGCCGGUUUCUGUGGGUGGUGAAGGGUUCCGUGGUGGACAGAGACGACGGCGCAGAUCUCCGGGAGAUGCUCGGCGAAGGGUUCUUGGAGCGUCUGCAGGGGCGGGGCAUGGUGACCAAGGCGUGGGUGGAGCAAGGGGAUGUCCUGAAGCACCCGGCGGUGGGGAUGUUCCUCAGCCACUGCGGCUGGAACUCGCUGACCGAGGCGGUGGCGAGCGGCGUGCCGGUGCUGGCGUGGCCGAGGUUCGCCGACCAGCGGGUGAACGCGGGCGUGGUGGCGCGGGCCGGCGCCGGCGCGUGGGCGGAGGCGUGGAGCUGGGAAGGGGAGGAGGGGGUGGUGAAGGCGGAGGAGAUCGCGGAGACGGUGAGGUCGGUGGUGGCGGACGAGACGCUGAGGACGAAGGCGGCGACGGUGCGGGAUGCCGCGGCGAGGGCCGUGGCCAGCGGCGGGACGAGCUACCGGAGCUUGGCUGAGCUCGUGCGACGGUGUGCUACAGCGAUAUAUUCACCGUGAACACUGACCAUUCUUCGUCCAGGAAGCAGCCAUGAGCAUCAGCAGGAGCAGAGCACACAUGCAGAGUA